AUGAGUAUUCACAUAACAUUAACAGUAAUAUCAUUAUUAGUCACGAAAUGUAUAUCCGAAGGAACAACUCCUGAUCAAGUUCACAUUUCAUUCACCGGAGAUAUGACAGAGAUGGCUGUAGUUUGGAAUACAUUCUCAGAAGUUUCACAAGAUGUUACCUAUGGAAAAACCGGAAGUGGUGCAACAUCAACUGCCAAAGGAUCUUCUGAAGCUUGGGUGUUCGGAGGAAUCACUAGAUAUCGGCACAAAGCAAUUAUGACCGGACUAGAGUAUUCAACAGAAUAUGAUUAUACCAUUGCAUCUAGAAAGUUCUCAUUCAAGACACUCUCAAACGAUCCACAAUCCUAUAAAGUUUGUGUAUUCGGAGAUUUGGGAUAUUGGCAUGGAAACUCAACUGAAAGCAUCAUCAAGCACGGCCUUGCUGGUGACUUUGAUUUUAUUGUUCAUCUUGGUGAUAUUGCAUAUGAUCUGCACACAAAUAAUGGGCAAGUCGGAGACAGUUACUUGAAUGUAUUUGAGCCACUUAUUUCAAAGGUUCCUUAUAUGGUAAUUGCUGGAAAUCACGAAGACGAUUAUCAAAACUUUACUAACUAUCAAAAACGAUUCUCAGUUCCGGACAAUGGUCACAACGAUAACCAGUUCUAUAGUUUUGAUCUUGGACCAGUACAUUGGGUUGGUGUGAGUACUGAAACCUAUGGAUACUAUUAUGAAUAUGGAAUGGAUCCCGUAAUGACACAAUAUGAUUGGUUGAAAAGGGAUUUGACUACAGCAAAUUCAAAUCGUGCAGCGCAUCCAUGGAUCUUUACCUUCCAACAUCGACCAUUCUACUGUAGUAAUGUGAACUCCGCUGAAUGUCAAUCGUUUGAAAAUCGAUUGGUUCGUACCGGUUGGCUGGAUAUGCCAGGAUUAGAACCACUCUUUUUACAAACUUCCGUUGAUUUUGGCUUCUGGGGGCAUGAGCACUCGUAUGAAAGAUUCUACCCAGUUGCAGAUAGAGCUUAUUGGAAUGAUCCAAAUGCUUACAUUAACCCAAAAGCUCCAGUUUAUUUGAUUAGUGGAUCAGCAGGUUGUCAUACUCCAGAUGCACUUUUCACUGAUAAACCAUGGCCAUGGAGUGCUGCAAGAAAUAAUGAUUAUGGAUGGUCUAUUGUGACAGUUGCAAAUAGAACACAUAUUAGAGUUGAACAAAUUUCAAUUGAUAAAAAUGAGCAGACUGUUGAUGACUUUUGGGUUAUUAAAGAUGAAGGCCAUAUGCAUUCUGGUGAGAUGAGAAGAGCAAAUCCAGGAGCAAAGUUUCCACUUCAAAAAUGCCAUUUCAAGGAUGUCGCCUGUAAACGAUCAUUGAAGGAAAUUAACGAAGAACUUUAAAUUUUGUAAAUAAAUUAAAAAUAAGAGCUUGUAUAAAAUAUCUCUAUUCAUUUUUAUGAUUUUCGAAAAAAAAAUAAAAGGCAGAGUAGAGUUUGUGGGAAAUAUGUAGCAAAAAAUAAAAAUAAACUUUAUCAA